GGAUCUUUUUAGGGUUCUUGCGGAUCUUUAGGGUUCUUGGAGGAGGAGCAGCGAUGGUGUGCAUCCGGCAGGCGACAGUGGACGAUCUCCUGGCGAUGCAGAGCUGCAAUCUCAUGUGCCUGCCGGAGAAUUACCAGAUGAAGUACUACUUCUACCACAUUCUCUCGUGGCCGCAGCUCCUCUACGUGGCCGAGGACAACAAGAAGAUCGUCGGGUACGUCCUGGCCAAGAUGGAGGAGGAGAGCUCCGAGUGCCACGGCCACAUCACGUCGCUGGCGGUGCUGCGCACGCACCGCAAGCUAGGGCUGGCCACCAAGCUCAUGAGCGCCGCGCAGCGCGCGAUGCAGGAGGUUUUCGGGGCCGACUACGUCUCGCUCCACGUCCGGAAGAGCAACCGCGCGGCAUUCCACCUCUACACCGAGACGCUGGGCUACAAGAUCAACGACAUCGAGGCCAAGUACUACGCGGAUAGCGAGGACGCAUACGACAUGCGCAACAUGUUCCACAAGCCCGGCAAGAGCAAGGCCGCGGCGCUCAAGGACAAGGACUCCGGCGGGAAGAAGCCAUCGCCCACUUCGAUCGAGAAGGAGAAGGAGAAGGAGAAGGAGAAGGCGUCCAAAGCGCCCUUGGAGAGGAAGCCACACUCCAAGGACAAAGACAAGGAUCCGGAAGGAGGAGGAGCGUCGACCAACACGAAUUCGCGAAGAGGUCUCAAGGCUGUAGAUUGAUAAACGAGGAGCUCGAGAGCUCAGUGAGCUUGGAGCUCGGAGUACAAGGUAUUGCCAUUUUUUUUAUUUGAUCUCUUAUUCUCA